AGUUAUAAUUACACUUGCAAGUAAUGUCACACAGUGCAGUGACUGUCCCUCAAGAUAAUGAUAAGUUGUGAGGUUCUCCGACAAUGACUCCGUUUUCAGAACACUUCUCUUCAUUGUUGACAGAUGAGCUGUACAGAGUUGUUUCUGCAUGUCCUCAAUCUUUGACAGGGAAAAAGUUGAACUUCCCAACAAUUGGGAGUCUGAUUGCGCAGCUACCAGAGUUAUCUAACUCUACAGAGACUUCGCAGAGCAAACUCAUCGAAGAUGGCGAUGAAAGAAGUUCUGUCCCUGCAGUGAUUCCACAGCCGAUCGAAGAAGUGGAUUGGGAGCAAUUGGAUGUGAAGAUACCGUCAAAAAACAUUGUAGAAGCCUGUAGCAAACAUGUCAAUAGCUUACUGAGAUCCCUCACUCCCUUGCAAAAGGAUAUACUAUCUAUCAUUUAUAAGUAUCAUGAUUUCUAUUUUACGGAAAGGAACACUCAUAAUAGUAAGGAAAUAGUUUUUAUCUAUUGUUUGCAUGCCAUAAAUCACAUAAUCAAAGCCCGUUCUGAAAUUAUUCAACAUAAUGUAGCUAUUAAAGAUAAGAAAAGUUCCUCAGACAAUUUUAGAGAUCAAGGUUUGGUUCGCCCCAAGGUCCUCAUAUUAGUACCAUUCAGGCGCUCUGCGCUCAACAUCGUGGAAGUCAUAUCCUCGAUUUUGCUGUCAGAUGAGAAAGCGAAUAUCGCCAAUAAGAAACGAUUCUAUGAUGAAUUUACCGGUGAUACCCUUAUUCUUCCAAAAAAAAAUCCGAAGCCUGCUGACUACGAAGAAAUGUUUUCCGGCAAUAUUGACGAUACAUUCAGAAUUGGUCUUGCAGUUACGAAAAAAAGUUUGAAAUUAUACACUGAUUUUUACUCUUCUGAUAUAAUCAUUGCUAGCCCACUAGGACUCAGAAUGUUGAUUGGAGCUGAAGGUGAUAAAGAGCGAGACUAUGACUUUUUGGCAUCCAUUGAACUAUUGAUUCUAGACCAAACCGAAAUUUUUCUCAUGCAAAAUUGGGAUCACUUACUUCAUGUUUUCAAUCAUCUCCAUCUGCAGCCUGUAGAGUCACACGGCACAGAUUUUUCUAGGGUAAGAACUUGGGCAUUAAAUGGGUGGGCAAAAUAUUAUAGACAAACUCUCAUUUUUUCUUCAUUACAUUCAUCAGAAAUCGCAGGCUUGAUAUCCAAGUACUGUUUUAAUUAUGCUGGAAGAUUAACGUCAGUGAAUAUAAUAACAUCAGGGUCAAUUUGUCAAGUGAUAGUUGAGUACCCUCAGGUUUUUCACAAAAUUGUAGGUAAAAAUGCUACUGAGAUUAUUGAUGCCAGAUUUGAGUUUUUUACCAAAAAAAUUCUCCCGAAUUAUCAAGACACUUUGAUGAAAAAUACUUUAAUUUAUGUUCCAUCUUACUUUGAUUUUGUAAGGAUCCGAAACUAUUUUAAGAGAGAAGAUGUUAAUUUUGUUCAAAUAUCUGAGUACACAAAAGAUAGAAAGCUAGCUAGAGCGAGAGACUUGUUUUAUCACUCAGAGAAUCACUUUUUAUUAUAUAGUGAAAGGUUUCACUUUUUCCGACGAAUACGCCUUCGCGGAAUACGACACAUUAUAUUCUACCAACCACCAACGUUUGCAAACUUUUACAGUGAACUACUCAAUUUCAUGCAAGAUGCUUAUCAAAAUCUCGAAAGUGGAGACAAAGGCAAUAUGACUGUUACUGUAUUGUAUAGUAAGUACGAUGCUCCUCAGUUGGCAUCAAUUGUUGGGUCAACAAGAGCCUCAAAAAUGAUAGUUUCUGACAAAAAUGUGCAUAUGUUUGUAUCUGGAAGUUGAUAGAAUAUAGAGUUUUAUUUUUCAA